AUGAACGAACUGAGGAUCAAGGGUCAGGCCUUACCAACACCCCGCCAAUCACCCUCAACAUCGAACAAACCAAUCCAUAAACAAUAUCUAUUUGAGGAAUCCCAAAAUCACCACUGUGACCAACUAGUCAAAUCUUCAGACUUACCAUCAGUCUCUUGUGAAGUAAAAAGAGUGUCUCGCAUCCCUGAGCAAUAUUUGCAACGAGAAGUAGAGCCCUCCAUAGUACUAGAAACUCCAAAUGCAAAGUCACCCCUCUCAUCGCCCUCGACAGCGCGCAGCUUUGUACUAGAAACCCCCAGACUUCUAUGGAACUCAAGGUGGCAGCAACACUCUAGGACAAAAGUUUCUGUCCUAAACUCUGGCAAGAAAAUGAUAAGGUGUCCCAAUCAGAGCAGGAUAUAUACAUCUGGAUCGGGGUCUCCCUUUGUCGCAAACAAAUUUCCUAGUGAAAAUUCUUCUAAGAUUAUCCAGACUCGAGAAGAGACCAGAAAAGUAUCAAUGAGUAUGCGAAAACCCUCGUUAACAAGUUCAACGGAUCUAAAGCCCGAUGUAAUUCAUCACCAAGUAUUUCCUAGUAUUGGUUCUGUAGUGAUGAAAAAUAGUUUGGGUAUUAAUUCUAUGCUUAAGAAGAAGAAUAAAAGGAAACCACAUUGA